CUAUCAUUUAAUCGGUGUCUUAGGUAUUAACGUGUCACUCGCUAGCCCUACUCCCAGCCUCGUCCGUUCGCAGCAAUGAGAAUCGCGUGUCUACAGUUUGCUCCUCAAGUGGGCGAUAUAAGCAACAAUCUUGACCGCGCAGAUGCCGUGCUGAGGAAGGCGGAUCCUAAGGAUAUAGAUCUUCUCGUUCUACCUGAACUGGCAUUUUCAGGAUACAACUUUAGAACGUUACAGCACAUUAGUCCAUUCCUUGAACCUACUGCAGCUGGAAUUUCCUCGCUUUGGGCGAGGACAACGGCGCUGAAAUAUAACUGUGUGGUCAUAGUCGGCUAUCCAGAGAAGACUAAAAUUCCUUCAAAGUGGCCGCUGCCAUCAGACUACUACAGCUCUUCGAUCGUUAUUAACGCAGAUGGUGGAACUAUUGCAAAUUAUCGGAAAUGUUUUCUCUCUCACAGUGACGAGGCGUGGGCUCGCGAGGGUUCCGAUGGCUUCUUCGAUGGAGAGAUUGAGGGUUUAGGACAAGUCGCUAUAGGAAUGGGCAUGGAUAUGAACCCGUACCCAUUCGGAGCACCCUGGUCCUCUCGGGAAUUCGCCUAUCACAUCCUUCACAAGGAAGCGAACCUGGUGAUCAUUUCCAUGGCCUGGCUCACCAGAGAAUCGAAGAGUUCAUACUGUCAGACACCAGAGUCGCCAGACAUUGAAACACUAUCGUAUUGGCUCGCGAGACUUGAACCGGUUAUCAGAGCCGAAACUGAGGGUGAGAUCAUUGUAGUUCUUGCAAAUCGAACAGGAGCGGAAGAUGAAGCUGUGUAUGCAGGCACAAGUGCAGUUUUGGGUAUCCACGCUCGUGAAGUAAAGGUCUACGGGAUGCUAGGCAGAUGGGAGAAUGAACUACUCAUUGUCGACACGAGCAAGCGGCCGGUUGCAAAACUCGUCGCGCAAGAGACGGUGACUCCGAACGUGGUAACUGCCACUUCUGACACGAUAAAUGCUACUUCUGACCAAAUUACUCCGGCUUCUAACCAGGUGCCUGGGACAUCUGACAAGACGACUGUCUCAUCCGGCGUGUCGAGGACCUGGACUUCAAUCUUCACUGAAAACUCUGACUUGAGCGCAAGAACUCGAAACACAGCUCCUCCUUCUGAGCAAGACACUAAAUGGGGACAAAAUCCCUUACUUCAGUCUACUCCCCCAAUACCGCGGCAAUUAUCGCUUCCCUGCCAAACGGAAGGGGAAAUUGAAGAAGAUAUCAAGUCCAACGAGUCUGCCGACAGCUGCGGAGAGACCAUAUCGUCGUCCGGCCAAUCUUUGGCCGACCAAGAAAUCAAAGACACGGCCAAAAAUGUGAUAUUGGGAAUCCUUGCGCGAGAUGAAGUACUCAAUCCCUUAUUCGCAGAAGCAUUAGGAAAAUUCGAUACCGACAGAGUGGUGAAGAAUCUUGCUAGGUUCAUCAAGGGGCGUCAAGUUUCUCCGACAUAGAGCCAGACAGUUCGCAGCCCUUAUCUGCGAAGAAUUGGAUCCCUUGAAACUUGCCCAUGCCUUAGAGAGAUCUAAGAGCUGUUCUGCUGAAAAAAGGGCUCGCCUUGCCCACUGGGUAUCAGGU